CUCACUGAAUGGCUGACAUUGGACAGCAUGCACCACCAGUGGCUUCUGUUGGCUGCGUGUUUUUGGGUGAUUUUCAUGUUUAUGGUGGCUAGCAAGUUCAUCACGCUGACCUUUAAAGAUCCUGAUGUAUACAGUGCCAAACAGGAGAUUCUGUUCCUGACAACCAUGCCGGAUGUGGGCAAGCUGCCAGUGGAGAAACACUUCCCCAAGGAACUGAAGCCAACUGGAAAAGAGCUUUCCGAGAGCCGGUUUGUUCAGCCCCUGGUCUACAUGGAGCGCCUGGAACUCAUCCGGAAUGUCUGCAGAGAUGAAGCACUGAAGAAUCUCUCCCACACAGCUGUCUCCAAGUUUGUCCUGGACCGAAUCUUUGUUUGUGACAAGCACAAGAUUCUCUUCUGCCAGACUCCCAAAGUGGGCAACACUCAGUGGAAGAAAGUGCUGAUCGUUUUGAAUGGAGCAUUUCCUUCCAUCGAAGAGAUCCCUGAAAAUGUUGUCCAUGACCAUGAGAAGAAUGGCCUCCCCCGUCUGUCUUCCUUCAGUGAUGCAGAGAUUCAGAAGCGAUUGAAAACGUACUUCAAGUUUUUUAUUGUAAGAGAUCCCUUUGAAAGACUUAUUUCUGCAUUCAAGGACAAGUUUGUCCACAAUCCUCGGUUUGAACCUUGGUAUAGGCAUGAGAUUGCCCCUGGCAUCAUCAGGAAAUACAGGAGGAACCGCACAGAGACGCGGGGGAUCCAGUUUGAGGAUUUUGUGCGUUAUCUGGGAGAUCCAAACCACAGAUGGUUGGAUCUCCAGUUUGGGGACCACAUCAUCCACUGGGUGACCUAUGUAGAACUGUGCGCACCCUGCGAGAUCAAAUACAGUGUGAUUGGGCACCACGAGACGCUGGAGGACGAUGCUCCGUAUAUCUUAAAAGAAGCUGGGAUAGACCAUCUUGUGUCCUACCCAACCAUCCCUCCGGGCAUUACCGUGUAUAAUAAAACCAAGGUGAAGCACUACUUCCUGGGCAUAAGCAAACGGGACAUCCGGCGCCUGUAUGCACGUUUUGAAGGGGACUUUAAGCUCUUUGGGUAUCCAAAACCAGAUUUCUUGCUAAACUAAUGCCUAGGACCUGUGAAUUCAAAUAUCUUUGUUAGACCAGGGCUAACCAGGUGGAGAUCUGAGCACAGAAAUAACACGUCCUC